AUUAAAAAGAGCGGUUUACGUUUAAUUUCUUUUUCAUAAUAUUUUGUAAGAAUUCUUGGCUAUUUAAAUAUUUAAAUAACAUGAAAUAAAUGAAAAAGCUAUGUUUGUGAUAAAAAGUGUUGGUACUGCACAUUCCAUCUAAUGAAGGAGUAAAUUAUAUGCUAUUCUCUUUAGGCUCAACGAUGGCUAAAUGGAAGUUAUCCCGGCAAUUAUUUGGAAAUUGUAACAACGAAAAGGUCUUAAUAUUCACUGAAGGAGAUAAAAUCACAUUCGGCAGAGGAUUGGACAAUGAUGUAACACUACCGAGUAUCGUCAUAUCCAGAAACCACUGUUUAUUAGACUUUAGAAAAGACGAAGUAUCCAUCACCGAUCUAAAGAGUUCAAAUGGUAUCUAUAUUGGACUAAAAAGAAUACCAGCAAAUGUGCCAUAUGUAUGUACUGAAAAAGAUCUCAUUGGUUUUGGAUGGACUGUUGGAGCUCCACUUGCAAAAGUCAAAGAUGAAGAGAAAUAUCUUUUUAAAUUAGAAAAAUGCACUACAUCUAUCACAGACAGAUUAAAAUUUCAGGAUGAUGUUUUACAUGAUAUAGAAGAAAAAAUUUCAUCCCUUGAUAAAAUAAAAACCAGUCCCAAAACAAAUGAACUGUCACCUGUAAUCAGGCCAAGGUUGCAAUUAAAACGGAAAUUACAACUUAAGUUUGAAAAUGAUGAAGUAUUAGAUCCAAAUUUAAAACAGAUCCGUGAUGAUGUUAUUAACAUUGUAUCAGACAGUGACAAUGAAACAAAUACAAGAGAAGAAAGUGCUGCAAAAAAAAUCAAGUUGGAAACAGUAAUAGAAGAAGAUAAAUCUAUAACAACUAUUAAGCAUGAAAAUGAAGAUUUUGGGUAUGAAGCAUUUAAUGUCAAACAGGAGUAUUUUGGUUACAAUGAUGAAGCUAUAGAAAUAACCAGUGACAGUGACAGUGAAUCAGAACAUUGGAUAAGAAGGCUGUCUCAAAAUUCACCAGGCAAAGCAUUGAAAAGUGUUGUAAAAGAAAGAUUAACAGAAACACAACCUGAAGAUGGCUCUUAUAGUCAACUAGAUGAUGUAUUUGAAAUUGAUGAUGAAGUGUUUGAAAUUAGACAUGAUGAUGAGGACGAGGAUAUUGAUUAUUUAGAUGAUUUAAUUAUGAUUCCGCCAGAACCACCAGCUGACCAUCCUUGUAUUGAAGAAAAUUCUGAUGUACUACCUACAGAAAUACAGCCUAUAACUAUAGGAAAACCUAACACAGAACUGAAAAGUAUAAGUGAUUCUAAUAAUUUAAAAGACAUUACAAAAACAGCUGUACCACAUUCUAUACUGAAUAAUUUUCACACUGAGAAAAAUUCUACCAAAGAACUGGAAAAUACCUUUUGUCCUAUUUCAUUGGAUAUAAUAGAUGGGAGUAGUUCUAAUAAUGACCAUACCAACACUACAGAAAAUAUUCUUAAAACGGCUGUACCACAUUGUAUAUUGAAUAAUAUUCAAACUGAAUUAAAAACGACAAAAAAAUUGGAAAAAACCCUUUGUCCCAUUGCAUUGAAUAUGAAAGAUGGGAGUAGUCCAAAUAAUGACCAUACCAAUAUUAAUCAAAAUCUUCUUAAAUCUGUGACUCCUUUACAACAAAACAUUAGUACAACAAAAAAGACACAAAUGAUAGAACCACUCAACAAAACAACCACAAAAAAAUCCAAAUCUUCUAAGAAGGAUUCACCAAAAUAUAAAUCUAAAUCUUCCCAUAAGUCAGACAAAGCAAAAAAAGAAUCUUCAUCACCUAAAAGAAAAAUAACAGACUCACAAAAGGAAGAGCGAAAGAAAAAACUCAAGCAGAUAGCUUGUAAAGAUAAAGAUAAAGAUAUUGAGGAAUCCAGUAAAGAUACAACAAAUAACGCACCUAAGACUGUAGUUAAUGCAAAAAUAACUACAGUAAAUCGGGGAGCUUUUCUUAGUGAUGUUAAUCAAGCUACUAUCAAACCUACAAAAAGAAAAACAAGUCCACAGAAAGAAAAAGAUAUAAACGAUGUAGAAUUACAAACUAAGAAUGAAAAAAAAAUAAAGACUUCAAAAUCCACCAGUAAAAGUAAACGUGAGAAGGUUACUUCAAAUGAAUCAGAAAAAACUAAUGGGAAAUGUGAGCAAAAAUCUCCGUCGUCAAAAUCUACCAGUAAAGAUAAACGUGAGAAGGUUACUUCAGAUGAAUCAGAAAAAACUAAUGGGAAAUGUGAGCAAAAAUCUCCGUCGUCAAAAUCCACCAGUAAAGAUAAACGUGAAAAGGUUACUUCAGAUGAAUCGAAAAAAUCUAAUGCAAGAUGUGAGCAAAAAGCUCCAGCGUCGUCCAAACGUGAUAAGAUUAUUUCAGAUGAAUCCAAAAAAACAAGUGUGAGAUGUGAGCAAAAAGCUCCCUCAAAAUCCACGAAGAAAGAUAAACGUGAGAAGGUCAUUUCAGAUGAAUUGGAAAAACCUAAAGAGCAGAAAGCCCCCGUCGUUAAGUUCGACGCUAAGCGAGAUACAUUAAGAGGGGUCGAUUCAGAUAGCAGAAUACCUUUCAAAAGUCUGAAGCCACUGACUGAAAGUGAAGAAUCCUGUUUAGGUAAACCUGUGUCUAUAGUAGGACCGCUACCACCCAAAAAGCCAAAGAAGAGUGUCAGAUUCUCUAUUGCUCCACCUACUGUAUUUGAAUUUCAGAUUGAACCUGGAAAUAAAAUGAAGAAAACAAGUUCUGUGAAAACAACAUUAGUAGAUGUACACAAGAAGCAAAUGUAUUCAUUGGAAAAGAUAACACUAAUCACAAUCCUUCGCUGGAACCCUCAUUGGCUUCUUGAACAAAAAAAUAUAGCUGCUCCUCCUCCAAUAUUAAGUCAUAAAAAUGAACCUAUGACUGUGUGCCAAUCCUUUAAUAGUCAUAAAGAUUAUGUCCGAGUAAUUGGAGACUUGCUACUUAUGGAAAUUUGGGAAUGUAUCACACAAGCAUUCAAUCGGCCGUCUAAUAAUCAUAUAGAGUUACAAUUUCGAAUUGAAUCGUGUCCAUUGGAACCACCCGCUCAAGAUAGACACAUUAAUUUAUCAAAUAUGGUCGUUAACUUAUCAUUGCCGACGUCUGAAAUGAAGCAUUUACCAAGAAUCGGAGAUAUAUUAACACUGGAUUUUGGUCCUGAAAACGCUAGAACUAGCAGAUUCGUCUAUGUACACAAUUUGAGACAUCUACCAUCACCUCCAAACAACAUCAAUUCGUUCUAUAGCAUAUCGCUGAAUGCAACAUACACAGAGAAAAUGAAAUGUCUAAAGCCCGGAGAACUAGUCAUCGGCCGUUCUUUGGCAUGUAUAAAGAAUGAAUUGUUUUUGUUUGAAGCGAUCGAAUACUUGGCUGACUCCCCUCUGUGUAGAGCCAUUUUGUGUCCACAACCUGAACAGUAUUCCAGAACUGAACUCUACGAUAAUAUCAAUUUAAAUUCACAGUGGACGAUGGAUUUGAACCCGAGUCAAAAGCUGGCAGUCAAGAACUCUGUGAGCGCAGCGCUCGGGGAUAGGCCCGCCAUUCAGAUGGUGCAGGGACCGCCUGGCACAGGCAAGUCGUCGGUUAUUUGCGCCAUAGUAAUGACAUAUUUGUUCGAUCUUUCGGGCAAGAAACGUCAAAACACCGGCAAGAUCCUCAUAUGUGCCACAAGCAAUGCCGCCGUAGACGAACUGGUCAUCAGGCUGCUCAAAAUCAGACAAAACCUGCCAAAAUCGGAGCGGUUCCGUAUGGUGCGCGUGGGGCGGCUGGAGGCUAUGCACGAGCAGGCGGCCGACGUCAGCUCGCAGCGCCUCGCGCAGAGGGGUGCGUUGGACGCGGGGCGCGGGCAUCCCGACGGGGUCAACUCAUUAGCUAGCGAGGAGAUUUGUCGCUUAGAAGCGAAAGUGAACAUGUGGAGAGAAGCCAUGCGAGACGCGAAGGAGCCGGAGCGAGUCGCCUACUGCCAGGGCCGUAUCAGUGAUAUCAAAAACAGGCUUAAUCUACUGCGAAGUAAGAGCAGUUCCAGCGAGCGUCUGGUGCAGGCGGAGCGGCGUUGCAUCGAGCGCGCGGACGUCGUCGUCACCACGCUGGCCAGCUCGCACAACUUCAAGAUGAAAGGUCUAAAAGGCAACAUAGCGCUGUGCAUAGUGGACGAGGCGGGGCAGGCGAUCGAGCCCGAGACGCUGAUCCCGCUCACGCUCGGCGUGGCGCGCCUCACGCUCGUCGGCGACCCGCAGCAGCUGCCGGGGUACAUCUGCUCGCAGCGAGCCAAGGAGCACGGUCUCGGCGGCAGCCUGUUCUUGCGGCUGGAGCAGUGCUCGGAGCAGUGGUCGCCGCCGGCGGCCGUGCUGCUGGACCAGCAGUACCGCAUGCACGACGCCAUCGCGCAGUACCCCAGCCGCGCGUUCUACGGCGGGCGCGUGCAGUCCGUGCCGCCGCCGCGCACGCUGCUCGACGGCCCGCCCUACCUCGUGCUCGGCAUCGCGAGCGGAGACAAAGGACAAGGAGCUUCCGGCGCGAACGAGACUGAAGCGUGGGGCGUGGCCCGACUGGCGGCGGCGCUGGCGCGGCGCACGCGCCCGCUGCAGCUGUCGCUCGCCGUCAUCACGCCGUACAACGCGCACCGCGACCUGCUGCGGGAGAUGCUGCGCUCGCUGCUGGCGCCGUCGGAGGCGCGCAUAGAGGUGAACACGGUGGACAGCUUCCAGGGACAGGAGCGGGACGUGGUGCUGGUGUCUGUGGCGCGCAGCCACGGCGCCGGCUUCCUCACGGACGCGGGCCGCAUGAACGUGAUGCUGACGCGCGCGCGCCACAAGCUGCUCGUGUGCCUCAACCCGAUGGCCUUCACCAAAAAUUUUCAAUGGCAAACACUAAUCGAUGAUGCUCGUCAGAGAAAGCUGUAUAGAACACUCCCGAAUAAAUUCUGCCAGCCAAUAUCUUCCAGUGCCAUAUCUUCCGACAAUAUUUUGAGCUAUGUAUUGAACCAAUAAUUAAUUAAUUAAUCAGUAAUGCCUGAGUAUAUUUUAAGUUUAUAUUGUAUUUGUAAAAUUUCUAUACGAUAUUUAUGCAUUUUUAAGGUUCUUAAGGAGCCCUUAUAGUUUCGCCAUGUCCGUCUGUCCUUCGAUAUAACUCAGAGACUAUCAGUUCUAAAAUACUAUUGAAUAUAAAAUAUUAAAAUAAACUUGUUAUUUAAUAUGAGAAUGUACAUUAAAAACGCAGACAAAGUCGUAAAAUGAAAUCUCGAUAAAUAACUUAAGUGGGAAUUAAUUAAAUUUGUGUAUUAAUAAUGUGUUAUGUGUCAUAACCCUAGACCCUAGAUUCUCACAUAUUUUAAAGACCUAUCCAAUGGAUAAGUCUUUAAAAUGUGCGAGAAUUAAUUAUAUAUAAUUUAAACAGUUAGUUGAUACAAAGUUCAGUUCCAUUUGUACAUAUUAAGGUUAAGUGUUAAUUUAAUCUAUGGUAACAAUAUCUACAAUUCUAUAUCGGCAUUUGUAAACGGAACGGAAAUUAAAAAAUUCCUGCCCAAACUCUCAUAAAUAACAAAUACUCAGAGGCACAGUUAUCCACCCACUUUUUCGCGUCAUAUUAAAGUGGGCGGAUUAUUGUUCUGAUCUCGUUGAUCAUACAGCCUGAGAUUUUCGAUAUUUUUUGAAGACUUAUGAUUGAUUUAUUUGUUCGUUUUCUUGUUUGUUAAGAUUGUUGGUAACAGAAAAAAAUAAUACUGGUAGUGAAAAAAAUGUAUUUUUCUUUAUGAAACAUACUUUUAUUAAGCCAAUUAUUUAACUAGAUACUUCAUAUUAUCAUCUCCAUAUACUUUUAUACGGGGGGUAUAAAAGUAUAUGACCUGGGUUUUCUGGGCCGGUGGACAUUCCCCUUUGAUAUAAAACACUUUUCAUCCAUUAAACAGAUGGGUGAAGGUCGUUUCUAAUACGGAUCUUAGACUAUAAGAAGAGUUAUUUAAAGUACGGAACUCUCGGUGGGCGACUCCAACUCGUAUUGGUCCUGUUUUUGUCAUACGAAAGAGCUUUACCUAGAUGUACUAGUGUGUAGUUCGUAGUGAUUUUUCAAUGUUAAUUGAUUUAAACGUUUCAAUAAUAAUAAUAAUAAUAAUAUCCCAGUAAAAUGAUUAUCCACCCAACACAUUCUACAAAAAAAAAAAAAUGUAAUCGAAACAUAUUUUUCAUCUCACUUACACGGAAAAGUUUCUUUUGAUCAGCGAAGUCGGCAAAAGAAACUAUUCUGUGUAAAAAGUAGUUUCUAGUUAGAGUGAGAUUUAAAAUAAUACUUUCCACACGGCUGCUAGUGUAUAUACCUCCCAUUCCGUUGGAUAUCUCGUGACGCUCAGGAUUCUUUUAAACUCCUCGCGUUGCUCGUGUUAAAACUUAGAAUCCUUCGUUUGCUCGCUGUUCUACGCGAAUUCGCAGCAAAUAUUGUGCAGCCUAAACAAAUAUUAACUUAAAAUAGGUAUUGUAUCAUAUUAUACAAUAUUUUAAGUCAAUAUUUGUAUAUGUAUAUAAUACAAAAAUUGUUUUAGGUACUUUGGAGUACUAAAAUAUAUUCAUAAUAGUCGGUAAUAUCCUAUUUUACUGUAUGAAAUGUGAUUUAUGUUAAGGUGCAUAAACUAAUAGCACAUAAUUAUAGAAUAAGCAAACCAAUUUGAUGCUAGGACAUUAUAAAUAAGCAAUGGUUUGUCACCAUUGAGUCAAUUCUUGUAUACCUUUUUUAAUACUUUAUUAAAUAAAAAUAACUUGCUAGGCAUAUAAAUCAUCAUGUCUGGCGUGUUUUUGUAAACGCAGAAAUUCAGAUAAAUCCAAUAAAAAUAAAAUGGCCAGUAAAAAUGCCAUUUUUUCAAGUAAUACGUCAGAAAUAGUUUUAAUUUCAAGUUUACGUUAUGUUAAGGAAAUAUAUAAUAAAAGGACGCACAACCACGUAGAAAAUAUCACUUUGAAUUAUUGGUAAAGAAAAUUAAACCUAAAGGCCUUUAAAUAUAGUCCAAUAUUCAAUAAAAUACCAAAUUCAGAGCAAAUUCAACCUUAAGGAUUAAGUUUAAGGUUGAAUUUGCAAAUGCGACUACUUGAAGAGUGCCAAGAAGUUGUGUUUGGCACUCAUUGAGUGGGGACGUUUUUGGUCGCUGAUUGUGCAUCCACUUUUGAAUUCCACUCAGACCAAUUAUAGAAGGACCUGAAUCACACUCAUAGUCACGAGCAAAAUUGUCUGUCAUUUUCUGAGGAAAACGAGCUUCGAUUUGGUAUAUAUCUUAUUCUAAACUAAAAGUUCUUGCCCGUAUUCACCAUUCAACUACACAAAAAAAAAUUACAGAGCUCUUUAAUUGACGAACACGAUUACAACUAUUUAACAUCGAUUCUAUAGAGACAGUUUUUAUAAUCGCAUUAGAUCGUUGAUCAUAUACUUUGACAGAAUAGUAACGUCUAGCGAGGCAGGUCCUGUACAAUAAUUGGUCUGAGGGUCCCGGGCGUCUAAUGUCUAAGUGCAGAUUUAAUUUUUCGUUAAACACACAAAUGCUCUGGCUGCAUGGUACCUACAUACCUUCUAAAGGUACCCAGUUCCAAAAUUAACAGAUUUGAUUUUUUAUUUUUUAUUACAUUUAACAAAUACAUUUAGUAAAUGUAUUUGUAGCCUUUCUCUUUGUCCAAUAUAACCAUAUUCUACAAUUUUCAUAGCACAAAUUGCUUAAAUUAAUUAUUAUAGAUCGAUUUUCCCAUGUAAAUAUACCCAGUUGUCUGAAUUCUCAAUAUAGUAUUACUUUAUAAACCGAAUUAACUUGUAAAGCAAUGGAUAUUGUGACGUAGGUAUUUGUUUAGGUCAAAUAUACAUUCUAACUCAUCUCCUUUUUUCAUAAUUUACAAUUUUUGGUGGAUUUUACAUUGUACUUAUGAAUUUUAAUAUCCGACUACGUUAGAAUGGGGGUAUUUUUUGUAGCCCUAAUGUAUUAUAAAAUGUCAUUUUGGAACUAUAUUCAAGAUUUUCCUUUGACAGGUCAAAUCAAAAACGUUAUAUUUUAAGGUUACUCUUGUGAUAAUAUUAUUAAGAAAUUGAUACAACUUUGGAGUAGAUAGAUAUUUUCAUAAAUUUUAAUCUAUGUAUAUUAAUAUACUCUUAUAUUAAUUUACAUUCGAUUAAAAUUUAAACAUUAAUUUGGCUAAUGCAAGUAGACUGAAAUCGACAGGCAAAUUAAAAACAAAAUGAAGGGCGUUCCCAAAACAAUAGUGCAAAUAAUAAUAACUCAAGUUGCAAUUUUUUUUUUUUAAAUAAUGUUAUUUACGUUUUUUAAAUAAAGAUUACUAGAUAUUUUUUUUCGCCGGACGAUUUCAGUCUACUUUCAUUAGCCAAACUCUAAUUCUAAUCACUAAGUUUUAAGUUAAUUUUUUUAACAUAAAUUGGUGUUAUUAAUUAAUGCAGUAACUUUCAUUCUUUCACAGUAUGUUAUAUUGAUUGGUCAUUUUUGUAUUUCAUACAAUUACUGUUGUUAUUAAGUAAUUACUUACAUAUUGAAAAAUGACAAUAUUCGUGUAGUUGUAACUUUAUGUUACUGAUGUAAUUGUACUUAUUGAUUAAAGUGUCGAUUAUAUUAAA